AGAGGACGAGGCCAGGUGACCCGUUUCAACUCUGAGAGAGGGGGACAGAUCACCGGUUUAGGUUGUGAGGGAGCGGACUGACAUGGAGGGAGAGUGCAAGAGGAGAGGAGAAGGACAAGUGGAGAUAGGGGUGAUGAUGGAGGCGGUGCACAAGGUGGAGGCGGCGCCACCGCAGAGCACGGUGGACAAGAUGAAGUUGCGGCUCAAGGAGACCUUCUUCCCCGACGACCCAUUCCGCCGGUUCAAAGGGCAACCACCGAGGCGGAAAUGGGUGCUGGGAGCGCAGUACCUCUUCCCCAUUCUGGACUGGGCGCCCAACUACAGUUUCUCCUUCUUCAAGUCCGACCUCGUGGCCGGGCUCACCAUUGCCAGCUUAGCCAUCCCGCAGGGUAUAAGCUACGCCAAGCUCGCUAAUCUGCCUCCCAUCAUCGGGCUCUAUUCGAGCUUCGUGCCGCCUCUCGUGUACUCGGUGUUGGGGAGCUCGAGGGAUCUCGCAGUCGGUCCGGUGUCCAUUGCAUCGCUGAUAAUGGGGUCGAUGCUGAGGCAAGCGGUGAACCCGAACACCGAUCCCUUUCUCUUCCUUCAGCUGGCCUUCACCGCCACCUUCUUCGCGGGGAUCUUCCAAGCGUCUCUAGGGAUCCUGAGGUUGGGAUUCAUCAUAGACUUCUUGUCAAAGGCUACACUGGUUGGGUUCAUGGCCGGCGCUGCCAUUAUCGUUUCUCUCCAGCAACUCAAAAACCUACUGGGGAUCGUCCAUUUCACCAAAAAGAUGGCUGUGAUUCCGGUGUUGAGCUCUGUUUUCCACAACACCCACGAGUGGUCAUGGCAAACGAUAGUCAUGGGAAUCAGCUUCCUGGCCUUCCUGCUGCUGGCGAGACACGUUAGCAUAAGAAGGCCAAAGCUGUUCUGGUUGUCAGUCGGAGCGCCAUUGGCCUCUGUUAUCAUUUCCACCCUUGUUGUUUUCCUGCUCAAAGCUCAGAAUCAUGGAAUCAGCAUUAUUGGGAAACUGAAAUGUGGGUUGAACCGCCCAUCAUGGGAUAAUUUACUUUUCGACAGUACCUACUUAGGCACUACCAUGAAAACUGGAAUUGUCACUGGGAUCAUCUCCCUUACUGAAGGAAUUGCAAGUGGAAGAACGUUUGCUUCGCUCAGGGGCUACCAAGUUGAUGGGAACAAGGAAAUGAUGGCCAUAGGGCUGAUGAACAUCGUGGGUUCUUGCACCUCGUGCUAUGUUACUACAGGAGCCUUCUCCCGUUCUGCCGUGAACCACAAUGCCGGAUGCAAGACUGCAAUGUCCAACGUAGUGAUGGCUUUGACGGUGAUGGUGACGCUCCUCUUCCUCAUGCCAUUGUUCGCCUACACCCCCAACGUUGUGCUUGCUGCUAUCAUCAUUGCUGCAGUCAUUGGCCUCAUUGAUGUUCCCGCCGCUUACAACAUCUGGAAGCUGGAUACGGUUGACUUCCUUGUUUGCAUGUCUUCCUUCCUUGGUGUCAUCUUCAUCUCAGUUCAGGAGGGCCUUGCGAUCGCGGUUGGUUUAUCGAUAUUCAGAAUCCUUCUCCAGACCACAAGACCUAAGAUGAUUGCUCUAGGGAACAUUCCAGGGACAAACAUAUACAGAGACCUGCAUCAGUACAAGGAUGCUAAAAGAGUUCCUGGGUUCCUCGUACUUGCUGUUGAAGCCCCCAUUAACUUCUCAAACACCACAUAUCUAAAUGAAAGGAUAACAAGGUGGAUAGAAAAUGAAAACAGCAUGGAAGAGAAAGAAACAAAUCUUCGAUUUCUAAUACUGGAUUUGUCAGCCGUGCCUACUGUAGACACAAGCGGAAUCUCAUUUCUAAUUGAUCUAAAGAAAUCGACAGAGAAACAUGGUCUUGAGCUUACCCUUGUAAAUCCUACGGGAGAAGUCAUGGAGAAACUCCAGCGAGCAAACAAAAUCCAUGACUUCCUUGGCGUCAAUUUCCUCCACUUGACAAUCGCAGAGGCUGUGUUUUCACUCUCAUCACAGAACAAGCUACAACAGCAGGAGGUCUCAUCUACGUUAUUCAUCUGAAAUGAGUACAGCUUAAACAGCUUAAUAAUGGACGAAACUGUAAUGUUUGUGUAGUUCAUCAAUUAAGGAUAUCAGAGUAGAUGUAUAUUAUAUGUUGCCAUUUUGUUGCGACAAUAUGUUCCUUUUCAGUUUCUUUGUGUCAUCUUAGGUUUAUGGAAAGUACAUUACAAGCUUUGUUUAUGAUAAAAAGCGAGUGCUUUGUAUCA